AUGGGAGCUUCGCCUGAUGAUUAUAGUCAGCAGUAUUCUCCAGCUUAUUGGAUGGCAACUCUUGUGCUGAGCACCCUUCUUAGGGGCGAUGUUAAUCCGAAAAAUGGCCUUGUUGUAUUUUGGACGCCCUUCAUUUUGUGGCAUCUCGGCAGCCCUCACAACAUUACAGCUGAUUCUAUAGAAGACAAUAAGCUGUGGUUAAGACACUUUCUGGGCAUGGUGUUCCAAGUUUUAGAGGCAAUUUACAUCUACAUUAGAUUUCGAUCAGACACUAUCCUCAAUUCUAUGGCUGCUCCGAUAUUCAUUGCCGGAGUUUUCAAGUAUGGAGAGAGGAUAUGUGCUCUCAGAUCUGCGAGUGAGAAGGAGCUCAUAAAUUCAUUGUCCCCUUCUAAAAGAAAAGCUACCAGACCGGAAAAAAUGAUCAGCACAAUAAACCGUUGUUUUGAAGGCAAAGCCAAUGUUUCUGAUCUCAACUUACUCCGUGAAGCUUAUUCAUCCUUCAUUAGUUUCAAGCCUCUCUUUCUUGGCCUCCCAUUUAGGCUUUCCCCAAAAUUUUAUGAUGACAUGGUUUACAUCAAGUCUAAAUCUGCGAACCAAGCCUUCAAAUUGGUCGGGACUGAACUGGGAUACCUUUACGAUUUGCUCUUCACCAAGAUGGCCAUACAUCACCUUCAGGCUAAAGUGAGUUUAUGUCUUCGAGCCUUCUGCUUUCUGUCUGCUGUGUCUUCACUGAUUACUUUCUCAGCAAUUGUGGAUAAGAGUGUGCAUUCAAAAGUCGACAUUGUCGUUAUGCAUUUGCUGUUGCUGGGAGCUAUUUGUCUGGACAUAUAUUCAUUUAUAAUGCACGCUCUCUCUACAUGGGCAAUGGUCUGGUUGCCCAUUCCUGAAAACAAGGUACAUAAGUUGUACUCCAAGGUUGUUGCUUGGAGAUUGCCUUUGGUUGAAUCCAAGAUGGCGAUCAAAUCAAUGGCGCAACAUGAUCUAAUAAAUUAUUACGUCGAGGCCAAUAAAAAUAAGUUCAAAGAUGCUGUUAGGAUUAAUGACAUUGGUAAUCUUCUACAGAAGUACUGGCAUACCAAUUGGAAGGCAGUUGAUUGUGAAUUGAAGCAAUUCAUCUAUUCUCGUCUGGAAAAGAAACGUCUGCAGUGGGCCGAGAAGGUUUUCAGACUUGAAGAUCCAGAGAAGUUGUUAAAUGGGAAAGGUGAAAAUUUGUUGGAUGAAAUAGGUAUUGUUAGUGAGGAAUUGAAAGGGGCAUUGAAACUGGACAUAACAGAUUUUAGAGAACGCAUUUUUAUUUGGCAUUUUGCUACAGAGCUUGUUUACUACGAUGAUGUUGACAGAUUUCGAAGAGGUACGAUGGGUUCAUUUUGCCAUAUUGCCAAGUCCUUGUCUGAUUACACGAUGUACAUCGUACUCGUCCGUCCAUUGAUGCUGCCUAAACGGUUCAGUGAAGUGAUAAACAAAGAAAACUACCCCCCAGCCAAAAUUUUUUUCCCAGCGAAGAACACCACCAAAAAAAUGAGAAAAAUAGAUUCUGUCGGGAAAAGAUUCACUUCGGCGGUGCUUGGUUACAAUGAUAUUCUCGAGGAAACUAAUAGAAUCGAAGUGAUAAGUGGUGGGAAAUGGUUUGCCUGGACACUGCAAAAAUUAGUCACUCAGCGUCUGUUGGAUCACCAAGAGAAAUGGGAACCGAUUAGUAAGAUGUGGAUGGAGAUGAUGAUUCAUGCUGCUAGCCAUUGUUCUUGGGAAGAGCAUGCACAACAAUUGAGGCAUGGUGGAGAGUUGCUUACUAAUGUUGCCCUUCUUAUGGCACAGCUUGGUUUAAGCACUCAGAUCCGCAAAGAUGAAGAAACAGACGAGGAUGAGCUCAACAUGGCUCCAUUCUCACCUUAA